AUGGAGCAGAGCAUAGCCCAUAAUUCAAAGCUUCAGUUGUUGUUAAUGGCAUCAACUUUGAUUCACCUAGCAUUUCUAAAUGAAGAAGCUAUUGUUGAAGGAUCAAAGACUGAACGAAGGUUGAAGGGCAGAGAUAUUAAUUCAAAUGCUUUGAGCAAUGAAGCUGGUCCAGACAUCGAACAAGCACUGAAGGAUGGGGCUAUAAAUAGCAGCGAAGAUGAAGUGCAACAAAAUUACAAGAGGAAGCUGCAGAAGUAUGCUCAGACAAAGAAACUUGAUUUGCCCUUAUACCGUACUAAGAGAGUGGAGCAAUCUGAUGCUCUUUGCUUCACAGCGAAAGUUUUAGUUGGUGAAGAUAUCUUCGAAAGUCCAGGAUUCUAUGAGACUACAAAAGAUGCAGAGGACGCUGCUGCACAGGCUGCACUAACAUCGCUGACAAUGGAUGCCUUUCGCAAGAGUGAUGAUAAUAUGUACAAGAAUCUGCUGCAAGAAUUUGCUCAGGAGAAUGGGUUUUUCUUGCCAAAAUACAAAACUAUGAAAUCUGGUGAGGAUCAUAAGUCAACAUUCUUCUCAACUGUGGAAGUAGAAGGAGAAAUUUUCCAUGGGAAUCAGGAGAAGUCCAAGAAGCUGGCAGAGUUUAGUGCUGCAAAGAUUGCACACACUGCUUUAAUGCUGGGAAAAUCCUGUUUGAUGGAUGACAAUACAUCUAUUUCCUCAAAGGAUGACAUUCUUGAAGUUGCUCCUAGCUUGGACUCACUCACCAUUGGUGAUCAGCAAAGGAACGCCAAUCCUGGAACUCAGGCUGAUGAAAGCAAAGAUUCUUUAAGCAAGAAGACCACAGAAGAUAUCAAUACAUACCUGCUAUGUAACAGGGUCAGAGUGUAUACAUGCAUUCCAGAGAUGAUCUUUUCCAAGGGCAAUGUAGCACUACCAAUUGCUGAGGGCAAGUGGGCAGUUGUGAACUUGGAGUUCCCCAAUGAAAAAGAUGCAUAGCCAUUACUUCCUAUUAUGAGAGUUUAUAUACCUUGGUAUCAUUAAUUUCUGUUACUAUCUAAUUAUUCAAGUGAAACUAACUGCAGGUUUUAGAACAAUGGAUAUUUGCUUAGAUGGAUGAGACUAAGAUAGGCCCAAGUUGCAGAGAGGAUAUACAUUAAGUGCAUUUUCUGAUAUAUUGUGCAUUUGCCAAAACCAAGAUGCUCUUGAACUUCUUGCAGUUAGGGAACAGCUUUAUGCCUUUGCAUCAACAUGACAUAUCUUUUGUGCAGACUUAGGUAAAGUUUGCAGAAAAUAAAAAUAAACAAUGGUCCUUGACAUGCCCCCCAUCCUUUGGGAGAUGAAAGGAAGAGUAAAUCAUCAUAUAAAGUCAGAGCCAUUCACUGGGAAUCUGUUAGUCUGCAACCCAAAUUUUUUUAAAGAAAAAGAUCAGAACUAAAAGUAAGUUAAUAAUAUUUUUGUAAGGAGUGACAACAGUGAAUCCACAAAAGCUAACAAAAAAGGAUGCACCAUACCAUAUAAUAGAUCAAAUCAUGAAUGUAGACUUCUUGUGUACAACUAUUCUCCUCGCAAAGAAGGGUUAACAAAGUGCACAAAAUUAUCAUCCCUUAACAGCUUCAUAUAUGCAAAACAAUCGAUGAUAUUUGUGUCAAUUUAACCAAAAAAAAA